AUGUUCACUCGCUUCUCCCAGCGUUUGUAUCGCCGGUCUCCUGCUGCUGCACUCGCAAUGAGUUCCACCGCUUCCGCUGCAGCGUCAUCAUCGUCACCUUUAAAGGUACUCGUCAUCGAUGGCUACGCCCCCGAAGGCCGCGCCGAGCUCGAAGCUGGUGGCGCCAGCACAGCCGGCAGUCUCUACAUCAAAUUGCUGAACAAGUCGGCACCUGCAGGCGUAACAAUCGCUUCGGACGUGGUGCACCCUUCGGACGAUGACUUUCAGACGCCAGAGCUGUCCAAGUAUCAUGCAGUGGCGUGGACGGGAUGCUCGCUGACGAUUCACGACGCCAAAGACACGCGUGUUGCCACACAGAUUGAUCUGGCGAAGAUGGUGUUUGCCAAAGGUAUUCCCCAGUACGGUAGCUGCUGGGCGGCUCAAAUUGCAGUAGUGGCUGCAGGAGGCUUUUGCGCCGCAAAUCCUCGUGGCCGUGAGAUGGGCGUUGCGCGCAAGAUUCAGCUGUCUCCGACAGGCCGUGCACACCCGAUGUUUGAGGGCAAGCCAUCGGUUUUUGACGCCUUUACGAGCCACUAUGACGAGGUGACCCGCAUGCCGCCUGGAGGGCUCGCGCUUGGCGGAAAUGAGUUUACGACAGUGCAGGCUGUUGCCGUGCGUCACAAGAAGGGCGACUUCUGGGCUGUGCAGUAUCACCCUGAGUACGAUUUGCACGAACUUGCGCGACUCACCUAUUGCCGCCGAGCCAAGCUCGUGAAUCUGGGAUUCUUCCCAGACACGAAGAGCGCUGACCGGUACGUGGAUGACCUAGAAACUCUACAUCUCGAUCCGUCCCGACAUGAUAUUGCGUGGCGUCUUGGACUGGAUGCUGACGUCAUGAGCGAAACCACUCGCCAUUGUGAGACGCGCAAUUUCAUCAAACAUCUCGCACUUCCAUACAAAGCGGCUGUUGGGGCCAAGUAA